AUGACGAAAGAGAAGAAACAGGAUAAUGUCAGAUAUAUGAAUGUCGAGUUCAACGUAUCGAUGUAUUGCAACGAAUGCGGGAGAAAAAUCGCCAGAGUUAUCUCUAAAUUCAAAGGAGUUGAAACAUUUACGACGGAUAUGAAUAGUCACAAGGUUGUGGUCACGGGAAGGCUUGAUCCUAAGAAGUUGUUGAAGAAACUCAAGAAGAAGACAGGCAAGAGAGUGAAGAUUGUAGCGAAGGAUGUCACAAACCGGUUAAGUCAAAAGCCGUCCAAUUCAUGCAAGGCUGAUGCCUUUGCUUCUUUGUUCGCAGGCAGCUUGCGGAGGCUGGUGUACAUGUUGUGAUGGCUGUGAGGAAGACAAAGGCAGCUCAUGAGCUGAUUCAGCAAUGGCAGAACUAGUGGUCUGGCAAACGUCUCCCACUUAAUGUCGAGGCAAUGGAACUUGAUCUUCUUUCACUGGAUUAUGUUGCGAGAUUUGCUGGUGCUUGGAACGCUCGUUUAGGAUCUUCGCAUGUUU